AUGAGUGGUCAGAGGGUAGUUGUUCCGAAAAAACUCCGAGUUAAAAUUCUCGAAGAGUUACACCAAGGACAUUUAGGAAUCGUUAAAAUGAAGGCAAUCGCCAGAUCCUACGUCUUUUGGAAGGGAAUUGAUCAUGAUAUUGAAGAAGUUUCUAGGAACUGUGUCGAUUGUAUUAAGUUCAAAUCAGAUCCAGUAAGGGCAAGGGUCCAUCACUGGGAAUAUCCAAGUGCGCCUUGGGAACGCAUUCACGUAGAUUUUGCAGGCCCUAUUUUUGAACGAAUGUUCUUGAUUAUCAUUGACGCACAUUCUAAAUGGCUAGAAGUGUAUACCUUAAAGUCAACAAAUUCCUUUCAGACAAUUGAAUGUUUGAGAGACUGUUUUGCAAGAUACGGACUGCCUUUAGUAGUAGUGAGUGACAAUGGUCCUCAGUUCACAUCGGGGGAAUUUGAAACUUUUAUAAGGAAUAAUGGAAUUAAACACAAAACGUGUGCUCCAUUUAAACCGGCAAGUAACGGGCAAGCAGAGCGGUACGUUUACACCGUUAAACAAGCAUUACGUGCAAUGCAAGGUUAUCCAGGAAAUAUUAAGCAAAAAACUUGCCAUAGUCCUCAUGAAAUAUAG